AUGCCUCAUUCUCAUAACGAACAUAGAAAUUAUCAAGAAUCUGUUUACAAAACAAAUCCUGAGUACCUCAAACUCAAUCAUCCAAGUUUGAGUCCAAGAAUGGUCAGCUUAGUCUUACAUUGGGUUCAACAAUGCUGUGAAGUGUUUUAUCUCAAACGAGAAACCUAUUAUCUUGCCUCUUGCUAUUUUCAUCUCUACCUUAGCAAGGUAGAAAACUUAAAACCGAAACACUUGCAAUUAAUUGCAACAUCGUGACUAUUGAUUGCCUUCAAAAUUGAGGAACUUGGACUGCUUUCCUGUAACUCUCUUGUUGAGGUGAAUAACGGACAGUGAUCUAAAACUGAUAUUGUAGUCAUGGAAAAGCACAUAUCUAAAACACUAUGUUGGAAAUUAUAUCCCAAAACGCUGAAUAAUAUCUUGGGACAAGCUACCAGACAGUGGGAUGAUUUUGUCAAUGGAAAUCUCCGAGUCUUCAUCAGCCUUGGUCUGAUACCUCAGGCUAUGGAUUCAGAUGAAAAUAAAUUCAAUAACUUCAUUGGUAGCAAGGUAUUAUGAGAUGUGUCAUCAAUUGUUGAAAAUAACUUUUGCUUCCAAGAUUCCCAAUAUGCUGAAAGGGUUUUAGGCAGUCAUCCAACUUACUCUUGUUUCAGAUACUUAGCAGGUAUUCUGGACAUGAUUGAUCUCGAUAUAAAAUCACUCGAAUAUAAUAAAGCCAAACUAGUACUUUCGGUACUUUAUUUAGUGAUUGGUUUGAGAAUGUCAAUUUUUCAUAAAAAGCAUCUCAAAUUAAAAUUUAAGCAUGCUGCUAAAACUAGUGACUUAGGAUUUGAAAGUUGUAGUAAUCCAGAUUCUUCACUUGAAGGUACCACUCCAAUCAGCCUCUUCCAGUUGCUCCAAACCUCCGAUCCGAAACUACCUUCUCACUACCAAAGUCUCUUCUUCAAGAUCAAGAAUUUUACCUACCUAUUUACUUGUUUCCUUAGGCAAGAGUACUCCUGAACAUAUGCUUCCUUAGUAGAUUGCUUGGAGUAUGCGAGCCUGUUUGUAGCAGAGGCUCAAGAGGUGUAUCAGAUGCCAGAGGUUGUUUUUGCAACUGAACAGGAGGUGAGAGUGAGGGAGAUCAAGCCUUUGAGGUUUUCGGAUAUCAUUAACUCAUUCACAUUUGACCAAGAUUUGACAUCAAAACUAAAGAAAAUUUCAGAGAAAAGAAAAAUAUCAAUAACACCUAAUUCGAGCUAUACAUAA